AUGGAAAUUUUAGAUGAUGAAUCCAAGUUUAUGGAACAAUUAGCUCAACGAGAGCAGUUCUUACAAAAUUUUUAUGAUUCAUUUGCGUCAGCAAAACAUUUAUUGAAUCAAUUAAAACCAGCUAAUAAUAGUAACAGUGAUCAUAAUUCCGAUAAGAAUUCGAGUAUUUCAAGCAAAAAUUGUAAUUCUCCUGCAGUAAAAUUGCCAGACAUAAAAUUACCUACAUUUAGUGGGUCUUCAAAUACCUGGCUUGAGUUUCGAGACACGUUUACCGCAUUAAUAAACGACAACCCUGAUAUUGAUGAUAUAAAUAAAUUUCACUAUUUAAGGGAUAGUCUAGAGGGUAGGGAUAGUCAGAUCAUUCAAUCUCUUGAAAUUUCUGCAGGAACGUAUAAGGUUGCAUGGGAUUUGUUAUGCAAACGAUAUGAUAAUAAAGAAGCAUUGAUAUACAAUCAUUUAGAUGCAUUGUUUGGUUUAAAAAAAACAGAAAACAGAAAAGUCUCAUCUUUUAAAUUAAGAAAUCUCUCAGAUACAGUCUCCAAACACUUGAGGGCUCUUAACAGUCUUAAACUUCCCACAGAUCAGUGGGAUAUUCUAAUUUUACAUUUAAUGGCCAAAAGUUUGGACGAUGGAUCUGUUAGUAAAUGGGAGGAAUACAAGUCUAAAAAAGAUUUGCCUUCUUUUGAGGAUAUGUAUGAAUUUUUUAGAAGUAGAUCAGACUUGCUAGAGCGAUUAGAGUUGAACAAACUUGAACAGGGAUCCAAGUCAGGGAAAACCAGGGGCUUACUUUCUGCCGAUUCAGAAAGUAAUUCACAUGAAAACAAAACAUCUUUUCGAGGUUUCAAGUGUGCCAUAUGCAGUGGUGAUCACAGAGUGUUUAUGUGCGACAAAUUCAAGGAAACUCAGCUUGGAUGGUUGGUUUCAGGUAAAAUACAAGGCUUUCAGCUUUCUAAUAAUAUAGUUUGUAAUUUGGUUAAAAAUGAAGGUGAUUUAUAUAUCCAAGACCAGUUAUCAAAAUUCUUUGAAAUAGAAAGUGUUAAAACUGCCAGUCCUUGGUCCAAAGAGGAAAUGGACUGUGAAACCCCUUUGUAA